GAAUUCAGUUGUAUUCAGACUGCUAGACAAUGCAGACGUGUUGUUCCUCUCUCUUCUUACUCACCACUUUAUCUCUGUCACAGGGUGGGGUGGUGUUCCCCAGUGAUCGUUCUAAUGAUUCAAGAUCGUUAAUCAGCUUAUUUGAAAACAGUCGAGACAAUAUACUAUCCUCACUCAGUAGACCUCACAGUUUUAGUGAGAGAGAGAAGAGGAUAAAAGACAAACUCCAAACGACAAUAUCCCAGCUCGUUGAACUUAUGUUUAAACAAGAACAGAUUAAAGUGUUUAACCAAGAUGAAAUAAAUUUUGGUGAAAAUGAGACUGAAAGUAAUUUUGAAACUGCAGAGGAAUCUAUAGAAAAUAUGUCAACUGAAAAUAUUAUUUUUCAAGAAACCACCUUGACGCCGGAAACUAAUGAAGAAAUAACUGAGUCCAAUCUAAAAGUUGAUGAUGGAAAAUCAGAGUUUGCCAAACUGCAACUAAGACCAAGACGUCUUGAUGAUAUCAGCGACCGUACGCUUUCUAAAAUCGGAAUAUACAGUGAUGCUGUUAACUUUGAAAACUCUGGCAACAGCUCCUUGAACGAGGUUGAUGGACCCAUUGAGGAGUUUGAGUGCGAUGAAAUCACCAAUGUUUGUGGAAAGCACCCUAAGUACCCAGGCGACAAGUUUGCUCGCGCACUAGCACGUGGAAACAAAUUGACCCUGAAGAUGGUGGAAGCACUGGCAACCAAUCCUGCUCCUGCUAUUGAAGAACUUCCACAACCAGAGAUGAGAUCAAAACACAACAUGAUAGGGUUAAGAGCUAGACACAACAUGCCCCAGGAAAUAGGGUUAAGAUCUUCUAGUUUCGAAUUAUUUUCAGCCCGCUCAGCCCCCUCCCCCAUGAAGGGUAAAAUGGAAGCUGAAGCUGAAAAUAUUUGUAAAACAAUUAGUAAACAGAUAACGCCGCGGAGCGCCAAGAAUAUCGAUGGUCAAGUGAAAUGGAUUCUAAACCAACCCAAGGGAGGGGAGCAAUACAUCCAGUUAGUUGACACCACUAUAUGUCAAGGUGAGGGAAAUGAGUGUCUAAGUGGUCUUGUCUCCGGUCAUAAAACUCAAUGUAAACAGCAGUACAGUGUACAUAAAUUGUUGGCGCUCAGCGACAAUGGUGAUGAAUUAGUGAUUGAUACGUUCAG